CAAACUCAUAUAAUAGACUCAUCUAACCAUCUCUGCUUGGAGACGAAAGAACCCCCAGUGGAUGGUGAGGCUGGCUGGGUGAGGAGUCGACGUCAUGCCCGCGCGUGUGGGGUUGAUGCGAAGACUCGGCAAGGGAGUGAAGAGCAAGCUCUCAGAGCCAUACUCGGGGAAAAAUCCCAUCCCAAAGGUGACCACGAACCUCAAGUCCCUCAUCUCACCGCAGAAGGCCACAGAGGCGAAGGCGAAGCAAAUGCAGAGCGCGGACCAGGGAGCAAGUGACCAACAGGACGACGAGAAGCAGACAGAAUCGAGGGCGCAGAGGUUGGAGAAAGGUGUCCCGGUGCAUGUGAGGGAUCCGACGACGGGCGACAUGGUUACUAUCAGGAACAUGAAGGGCGACGAGGACACGCAGCCCGGAGAGAAUGUGUUGAAGAUGGAAUUGCCUGAACCAGACUGGGAUGAACAUAGAGACCAAAUUCUGAUGACGUCAACGAAGAGCAUCCACACCCUCGCUGCAACAUACGCUGCUUCCCUCCUGUUCCUAUUCCUACCCCUGCCACUCUUACCUUCCCUGACCUCCUCAUCCUGGUUCGGUUCCCUCCUUCGCCUAAUACUCGGCCUCGCCCCGGCCGCCGUUGUAACCCUCACCCUUCUCAACAAACUUCGCAACACCGCCCACUACUCCUUCGACACCCGUGAAUGGCACUCCGAACGCAUCCGGGGGCUCCGAGCUGGGGAUGAUUUGGAUAGGGACGGGGAGGUAGAAGCAGAGGAGAGAAUGAAAGAAAGCGCGGAGUGGGCGAACUCCCUGUUGAGGUGCCUUUGGCCGGUUAUGAAUCCGGAUUUGUUUAGCUCGUUGGUGGAUAUGUUGGAGGAUAUUAUGCAGGGGUCGGUUCCGUCGUUCAUUCAUUCUGUACGUGUGUCCGACCUUGGCUUGGGCGAGAACCCAGUGCGGAUCACGUCCAUUCGAGCACUUCCGGAUGGAGACACGAAAGACGCGCUCGAGUCUUUGGACACGGAAGACCGUGAAAUGCUCAGUGGGGAUCAUGUAAACCUCGAGGUUUCAUUUGCCUACCGUGCUGUGCCUAGUGGAACUAACGCUUCAAGCAAAGCGAAGAACGCUCACCUGUUGAUCGACUUCUUCCUUGGAAUAAGUAGCUUGGUAGGAGUCAGCGUCCCUGUCUGGGUCGAGAUGAAGGGCGCCAUUGGAACCGCACGGGUCCGCCUUCAACUCAUCCCGGACCCACCAUUUGUAAAAACAACUCUAGUAACCCUCCUCGGCCUCCCCCGCAUCGACAUCGGCGUCACAGCCAUGUCCCGCGCCCUUCCCAACGUGAUGAACCUCCCCUUCAUCUCUGGCUUUAUCUCUUCCUCCAUCGACACCGCCGCGGCGGAAUACGUCGCCCCGAAGUCGCUGAUCCUCGAUAUGCAGAGGUUGAUCGGGGGAAGCGACGUCUCGAAGGAUACGGCGGCGUUGGGCGUGCUUGUUGUUCAUAUACAUAGGGCGACUGGGAUCAAGAAGAUGGAUACGACGGGAAGUUCAGAUCCCUACAUUACCUUGACGUUCUCCCAACUUGGCAAACCGCUCUUUUCCACGAGGAUCAUUAAGGGCGACCUGAACCCUGUGUUUGAGGAGGUGGCGAUCUUGCCUGUGGAUCUGAACGUGGUGAGGCUGAAGGAGGAAUUGAGUGUCCAGCUUUGGGAUUCGGAUAGGGCGAGUGCGGACGAUAUGAUGGGGUAUGUUAAUGUGGAUAUCACUGACCUCAUGCGGCACAAAAACGAGCCCCACCGUCGCAUCGCGCACCUCACCUCCCCUGACUCCUCCGACCGUCCCGGAACCGUCGAAUUCACAAUCGGCUACUUCGGCAAACUGGCGCCCUCCGAGGCCCACAAGACCUCCGGCGUCGACCCCGGGAUCCCCGAAGACCUGCGCGAAUCGAACGAGUUCAAGGAGGCGAAGGAUGUUGCACUGAAUGAUCUCGAGGCGGCGGUGCUGGUGUGUCCGCCGGACGAGGAGUGGGUGAGUGGGAUUGUGGGGGUGCAGGUGCAUGAGAUUAGGGAGUUGGGGGUGGGGAGGGGAGGUAGGAAGGGGGAUGAGGGGGGUUUGGGGGUUAGGAGGAAGGUUAAGGAGGGUGUGGGGAUGGGGGUGGAGGAGACGGAGAAGGGGAGUGAUGAGGGGGCAGAGAAGGAGGAAGGGGAAGGGCUGCCCUCGAGCUAUUGUACGAUUUCUUUGAACGACGAGCUGAUAUAUCAAACUCGUGUCAAGCCCAUCAGCAGUUCUCCGAUUUUCAACGCUGGUUGCGAAAGAUUCAUUCGCGACUGGCGUACGUCCCACGUCACCAUCACUGUCAAGGAUUCUCGCAUGCGGGAGAACGACGCCAUUCUCGGUGUGGUUUUGCUCAAGUUAUCGGACCUCUUCGUAAACGCUUCCCAACUCACCCGUGUCUACCACCUCGAACACGGCCUAGGUCAUGGCCGCAUCCGCAUCUCCGUCCUCUUCCGCCCCGUCGCCGCCAAACUCCCGCCCAACCUCCGUGGCUUCGAUACCGGAACGCUCCACGUUCGGGAUGUGAGCGUGCGCACUGACGGGUCUGAGAAAGACUUGGAAAAGUGUGAGCUCCGUCUGAAAACGACUACGACCUCGAUGGAGCAGAAGGUCGCGAGGCAUGCUGUCGACGUUAGAGGAGAUGGGGAGAUUGUUUGGAUGAAGGAGGAGGCGGAGACGGUGCUGCCUGUGAGGCAGAGGUAUAGCGCUGCUUUGGUCGUUGCGUUCAAGCAUGGUGGGAUCACGAAGGGGAAACAUGCGCUUGGCGUGCUUUGGUUGCGCGAUAUCGUGGAUCGGGAGGAGAGAAAGAUCGAGAUUCCGAUUUGGAGGGAGGAGGGGAAAGAUUAUUCCAGGUUGAAGCAGAACUACGUUCCUCCCUCUGGCGAUUUGGGCGCGUGGGACUCUGAUAGGGAGAAGCUCAACAGGAUUGGGACGAUCACGUUGGACGUGCAGUUCUUGCCUGGGAUAUCGGAGGCGCACAGAGGGAUGCUGACGAGUGAAAAUGCGACCGCGCAGGAUAGGUGGGAUGAGGUCGAGAUGGUGAGGAGACAUGGGGGGCGGGAUGAAGUUGGGGAGUUGCAGGUCGCGACGCCGCAGAAGGUGGAGACGCCACAGCCGAUGGGGACCCCCGCGGAGGAGAAGGGAAACGAUUCAUCGGCAGCAGCGAAACACCAACCGGACGGUGCGGCUAACCAUGUGAAUGGUGGGCAAGGAGAGCAGAUACCACCUGGUCGUUCGCCGACGCAGAAAAGCCAGUCCACCAACGAUUGGUCUAAUAACCCCACCACAGGUCACUCACCCGCAGAUAAGACGAGGAACUCGAGUCUCCCCUCACAAAGGACGAAUGACUGGUCGAACGUGGCUGAUACAGGUCAUUCACCUGCACGACAGAACCGAAACUCAAGCGUUCCAUCCACAGCUCCUACGAAUGACUGGUCGAACCGGACUGCUGAUGGCCACUCGCCCGCCCGUAACUCCAGCCUACCUUCCCGGGCACCUACUGUCGCCACCUGGACAACCCGAGCAACGGACGGAUAUGAUCGCGGUCCUGAUUCACCAGAGCGGAAAACUAGAGACUCGAGCCGUCCUUCGAGAGCCCCCACCAACGCGACGAAGGACUCAUCGACGAGGGCUACAGCAGGACAUAGCCCUGAUGGAGAUCGGGGUGGCGCUGGUGUAGGCAGGAACACAAGUCUUCAGUCUGCUGCUCCUACGCAGUAUACGUCCUUCUCCGAUGGCUACUACCAUGACGGCGCUCCGAUCUCACAGCAAACGUCGCCACAGUCACCAAUCUCGCCACAAUCUCCUACUUCCACUCGGAACGACUCGAACACAGCGGCGCAUGGACACGAUAUUGAAGAGGAGGAUAAUACGAUGGUGUCCCAUGAGAAGGCCGAGGAAGAUGAUGAGACCGAGCUUCGGGAGGACGGUCAUCAGCACGGCGACGGCGACACUGAGGGAUACGACGUCGUGGGUGAUGGAGAGUCAUACGGAUCGGGCUCGGGAAGCAGUGGUAGUGGUGAACCUACAGCGGAGGGCGACAGCUAUGAAGGUGGUGAAGGGACGAGCGGAGACUCCUCUGCGAAGAAGAAGUUGAGCCCGAUGAAGAAGCUGAAGAAUUGGAAGCAGCAGGAGAGGGAGUUGCAUAUGGAUCAUAGGGGGGUAAUGCAAGUUAAGCCUGCGAGGACGGCAGUGUGGAUGAAAGAUAACGUUAAGCAGAGUGUGCACUCUAUGAAGGAGCACUUCACGAUGGAGUCUAGGCAGCCCGACGUGGAGACUGAAGUUUAG